AUGGAUCUCGAACCACAGACACAGCCUGUUUUCAACUUUAUCUUCAAAUACGUCGACCAAGACCAGUUCAAGAAAUACUUUCGUCUUGUGAUCAUCGUUUGUGUUUACCUCUUUUUCAGAACAUGGUACACCAACUGGGCCAAGACCAAAGAGAUUGCCGACAGAAUCGCCGAAGACAAUAGACUUGCAGAGGAGAAGAAGAACCAGAAGGAGACGGAAACCACAGAGAAGUUUGAGGAGUUGGAUAAAGAAGCUUCCACUUUUGGCUGGGGUAAGGCUACGAGAAGAAACGUCAAGCGCCAGGAACACGUUCUUAACGAGGCUGCCGAGAGGCUCAGGGAGCAGGAACAAUCGACCUACGACGCUGCCGAGGACCACGACAUUGAGGAUUUGUUGGAGUAA